AUGCACGCCACCGCCGACUUCUGCCUGGUCCCGAUGGGCACAGCCGACCCGUCGGUCAGCAAGUACAUCGCGGAAUGCCAGCGGGUGUUGCAGAAGAGCGGGUUGAAGUUUGAGCUUCACGGCUACGGCACCGGCGUCGAAGGCGAGUACAGCGCCGUCAUGAAGGUCAUCGAGGAGUGUCACGAGGCCGUGCAUGCGAUGGGAUGCCCUCGCGUUGCUACAGGUGUGCCAGUUUUUUUACAUUCGCACAUCCGCAUCGGCACCCGAGUGGACAAGCAAGGCUCGCUCCAAGCCAAGAUCGACAGCGUCAAGGAGCUUCUCUCGAAGGACCAGUCCACCGGCACAAAGCAAUAG